UGAAAACAUGGAGGCAUUUUUGACAAGUAAAAAACUACAUCGAUAUAAAACUACUUAUCGUCUGCAUAAACUACCAAUUAGUCUUACAAAUCAAAGUGAAAAAGAUGUCCCCAAAUUUAUAGCAAUAAGUGACACAAAUGACACACUGAGGAUAUCCUCUGAAAAUACAACCGAGAGUAUCCUUAAGUUUCCUGAACCAAUCUUUAGUGCUGCUGUUAGUCCAGAAGGAAUAUUUGUUGCAACAGAGAGUGGUGAUAUUCUGAGAAUACCUGAUGCCAAGUUGAAAGACUAUUUCAGGUGUUCAAGUCAAAUACCGGCUGCUGCUGCUGACCAUGAUAUUUUUAGCUCUUUACUAGCCGAUGAUCUUUCAACUGAAUUUGAAGAAACAGUGAAGACAAUUUGCUAUGGUGCUACGAACGUUGUCCUAAAAUGUCCCGGGGUCCGACUCAUACAUUCUGCUGGAGGCUACCUGAUAGUCGUCUGCCUCUGUGAAGACAUCUGGUCAGUUCUUGCAUACAAUCUGAGCGAUUUUGAUGCAGAGAUGAAAAAACGUGUUGAUUCAAACCCAGUGCUUUCUCGAAGUAUCAAUGCAGGUGGGGGCUGUGACAGAAUGACAAGACCAGUCGUGUCUGUUGUGAAACCGUUUGACGAGAAUCCGAAUGUGAUAUCAGACUGUCUCCAUUUGAAUCAAAUCUUGUACAACCAGUUGUUCGGGUAUGGUGAUAACCUUUUAGACCUCCCGGUGAUUCUUUUAGGACUACCAAGCGGCCACGUUUAUUCUCUACCAAUGAAUGGUACAUCAGACUUCUCCAUGCUGUAUCAAUGUCAAGAAUCUGUGGUUGGAAUUCAUGGCAUGGUGCUUGAGGAACCUGACACAAGAAGUCGUGAUCUAUUAGAAUUAUCCUUUGGACAGAAGGAAUCUCACUUAGAUUCUGGUGCAACCACUCUCGUCCUGACGUGUGGCGAUGGAAACAUCUGUCUCAUCCACGGAAGCCCCUCGUCUAAAGAGCCGGUCUAUCUACACAAGUAUCUUCCAGGACCAUUGGUCGCGACUGCUGUAUCUGAUAGCUCCCUCGUCCUGUCAACCUGGAGGAACCUCUAUCAUGUGGAGAUCAAGUUGAAGAACAGUGAUGGGGACCAGUUUGUUGUCGAGAGUGAGAAAACCAGACUGGGCUUUGGACAUAUGACGGAUGUGCUUUUGGAUGAUGCCAAAGGUCCACUAUUCACCAUCAACAACAAGGGCAAAAUCUUCAAAAUCUCCCUUGGUGAUCCCAAGGCAACAUUGACAGGGCAGCCAAGACAAGCCGUGUAUGGUGAACAGAUGAAACAACUCCUUUCCAAGAUCACCAAAAUAUCAGGAAAACUCCUUGAAGAAAGCAAGAAAAGUGAGACAUUGGAUAAGAUUUUGGCUCAGCUGAAUUUGGCGACAUCGAUUCAGUUGGAAAACUCCGUUGAGAAAUUGACUUGUGGGAAUUGUGCCCAACAUCAGACUACUCGUCAAACUAUCAAUUGGAGUUUGAAGGUGCUUAAUAUAUCACAAGGCUUAUAUUGUGGUUAUUCUCUGCAAGUGAAUUUAGAAAACUCUAGUAAUAUUCUGCUGGAAAGUGGGUGGGAAUUAGCUGUUUCGUUGGUCUCUGUUGAUGAGCUCCCAUGUGCCAAAAGUUGUGAAACCGACUCGUUCAUUUUGCCGGAGCUUCAGCCAAGUCAUAAACACUCUAUUAACAUUCCAAUGAAUUCUAAAAGUGUUUCUAAUCUGUCAUUAACUGUCCGGACAUCUUUGUUAUGGAAACCUACUGUGCCAAAAUGUGAUGCAAGAACUGUCGGGAGAUAUUUACCCUUAGUCUCUGUAUCCCUCAUUCCAAUCGAUCUCAAUAUUCUGGAUUUUUGCUCAAGAAAAAGGACUGGUGAACAGAGUAUUCUGUUGCAUGUGGAACCCUCAUUACAUGAACAGUUGAAGACCCUGUCAGAGAGUCACCCAUCAGUGAAUAUGUUGGGAGUCGAACCCUCAUUACAUGAACAGUUGAAGACCCUGUCAGAGAGUCACCCAUCAGUGAAUAUGUUGGGAGUCGAACCCUCAUUACAUGAAGGGUUGAAGGCUCUGUCGGCGAUUCACCCAUCAGUGAAUAUGUUGGGAGUGUCUCCGUCUGGUAGCAUGUCUGUGAUACAGGCCUCUGAAGCUCGAGUGACACCAAAGUCAGCAGCAUCGUCGGCCCAAAAUGGCUGGACUUCCUCAUUCAUGGUGGACGGACGAGGGAGGUGUGACAAGUGUUUUGAACAAGAUGGUAUUUCUCGAGAGGCUUGUCUCCUGAACCAACUCCUCCAGCUAGACACCAAUACCUUGCCGAAUGUGAGACUGGUCACACCAAGGGGAGAUUCUUUCUCCAUCGUCGUGGAAUCAGCCAAGGGAGGCAGAUUGAAAGUCGUGCUGCAGGGUCCAACAAUGGUCACAGUACAAGACAUAGAGCAGGCUCUGAGGUCCAGGCUGGUCAGGGAUUCUUCACAAUCAAGUCUGAACCCUGGAGCCUACAACAGACGCCACAUGAACCAUGUUCUGCAGGAAUAUGAGGUGUUGCGAAAGGAGCUGCAGAGUUUAACCAUCCAGCUGAAGAGAAGCAUCACACCCAGUCCUGAGCUGCUGGAGAAUGUGGUUGGAAUUCAUCAGAGGCUCAGGGACAUUAACGUGGAUAUGUUAUGAUUGAUACCAGUUAGUUAAUGAAAUCCUGUUGCCAGUACCUUACAUGUUUGAUGUUGAAUGUAGUUAUACUGAGACAAUUGACCACGCUGUUCAAUGAAUUUCCUUUAAUACGAGAAUGUAAGUUAUCGUACAUGUAUGAUGAGCUAUCUAUCUCCUGCUCGAGUAUCAAUGUACUGCAUGAUUGAAAGAUAUUUAUAAGGCAAUGGACUAGAUAUAUAAUAAAGUAUGUUAUUGAUUUUAUACAAUUACCUUGGUGUUGUUUUUAUGCCUUUAUCCUCUUACAUGGAUCUAUUGGAGAGGAACACCGCUAUCUACAAGGCAAUAGCAAAUGUAACACCAGUGCUGAUCUGGUUGUGAGCUUGAGCUUCAGUGUGUAAACAAGGCUCUGGCCUGACUUACUUGACAAAUACAUGUGGACAGUUUUGACAAAGGCAAUGGAGAGAGCCCAAAAAAACAAAUGUGCACCCUCGG